AUGGGAUACAAAGUGUGCUUGAUUUUGCUGAUGGUGGUCUUGGCCAUGGUGGCCCAGUCAUCAGCUAAAGGGCAUGAGGCCAGCUGGGGCCUCAGCUUCACCACCCACGACGACGAGUCCCUGAUCGACAGAGCCAACGGCAAAAUUGGCGACAUGAUCGGAGAAGAAAACGAAAUGAUGAUGGACUCAGAGAGCAGCCGUCGAACACUUAGAGGGAGUCAAGGAAGGUACAUUGCGUACGGUGCCCUGAGGCGCAAUGCUGUGCCAUGCGGACGCCGCGGCCAGUCCUACUACAACUGCCAAAACAGGCAGAGAGCCAACCCUUACCAGCGCGGCUGCACCACCAUCACCCGCUGCGCCAGACGCUGA